AUGUCUUGUGAUUUCCAUGGAAAUGAUCUUUCUAACGUUCAAAUUUCAUCAGAACUUUGUGGUGGGAAAUGUGCUGCUACCGAUGGAUGCACUCACUUUACCUGGACCAACUGGAAUGGUGGUACUUGUUGGAUGAAACAGGGUCCUGUUUCCACGGACGCUGCCACCCCAAGCAAUGAUCCAAGUAUGGUCUGUGGUGUAAUGGACAAACCAGAUUCAAAAACACCUAAAGCUGAAGGAAAAACCACUCGAUACUGGGAUUGCUGCAAACCCAGCUGCUCUUGGCCUGGAAAAGUGUCUGGAUCCAAUACUUAUGUGAAAAGUUGUGGUAAGGAUGGCAACUAUGUUCAUAACGAUGCCAAUGUUGCCAGUGGAUGUGGUGGAGGGGGAGCCUUUACCUGCAACAAUCAAAAACCUUGGGCUGUCAAUGACCAAUUGGCCUAUGGAUUUGCUGCAGCCAGCAUUCCAGGAUUAGAAGAAAAAGAUCGUUGCUGUGCUUGCUUCAAAUUGGAUUUCACGAGUGGUCCAGUUCUAGGAAAGACAAUGAUUGUCCAGGUCACUAACAGUGGAGAUGACGUGAGGCCACAUCAAUUUGACUUGCAAAUUCCAGGAGGAGGUGUUGGACUCUUCAAUGGAUGUCGGCCUCAGUGGAAUUCACCAGCUAAUGGUUGGGGUCAAGUAUAUGGUGGUGUUUCUUCGCGUCAAGAAUGUGAUGCUCUUCCGGAGCCUAUUCGAGCUGGGUGCGAAUUUAGAUUCGAUUGGUUCAAACAAGCUGACAAUCCCACGAUGACCUACUCCAGAGUAAAAUGUCCUGCGGAAUUGACUGGCAUCACUGGAUGUUCUCGCAACGACUGA